AUGGAUUCACAACUCUACCGCUGCGACAAUUUUACCUGGAUAGAGACAGGGAACUCCGCUGCGAUCGGAGGGUCUCUUUUUGGUGCGGGGUUGCUGGGCAAUAUACUAGCCCUGAUAUUGUUGGCUAUGCCUCGGUUGCGGUCCUCGCCUCCAGGAUCUCCACCUUCAGUCUUUUACGUACUUGUGUGCGGUCUGGCUGUCAUAGAUCUGCUGGGCAAAUGCCUCUUAAGUCCCAUGGUGUUGGCCACCUAUAUGCAGAACCGGACCCUGAGAGAGUUGGUUCCUGGGUCCGGAAAUUUGCUAUGCUAUGUCUUUGCCUUCUUCAUGGCAUUUUUCGGGCUCGCGUCCAUGCUCCAACUGUUGGUGAUGGCUUUGGAAUGCUGGCUGUCACUAGGAUAUCCAUUCUUCCACCAGAGGCAUAUCACUCGGUCCAGAGGGGCUCUCGUGGCUCCUGCUGUUGGAGUGUUCUGCCUCAUCUUCUGCGCCCUGCCAUUGAUGGGCUUUGGAAAGUACGUACAAUACUGCCCUGGAACUUGGUGUUUCAUACAGAUGGCAAGUGAGCAGCGUUCCACAUCAGUACUCGGUUACUCAAUGAUGUAUGCUACAUUAAUGGCAAUGCUAGUCUUGGCCACGGUGUUCUGCAACCUAAAUACUAUGAGAAAUCUCUACGGAAUGCACGAGCGGCUCUCCCAGCUUCCUCGCUCCGUGACUAAGGAUUUAUCUGGAUUCAGAGAGGGACAAAAGGAGACAACACUCACCCUCCAGCCUCUGGAGGCAUUGGACCACCUUUUGCUACUGGCAGUCAUGACAGUUCUCUUUACCACCUGUUCUUUGCCGUUCAUUAUUCGUGCUUAUUUUGGAGCAUUUAUAAUUGGCAAAAAUAAAAAUACAACAUUGGAAGAAAGAGAAGACCUCAGAGCCUUGAGGUUUCUAUCUGUAAAUUCAAUUGUGGAUCCUUGGAUUUUCAUCAUUUGCAGGACAUCAGUAUUUCGUCUCUUUGUCCGCAAUUUUUUUAGAAGACUUCUUAUUAAUAGAAAUUGGUGCAACUAUAAUUCUUGCAAAAGAGAUUCUGAAUCCAGCCUGUGA